UAUAUUUGGCAGGUGUGGUGAUGGAAGCCACAUGUCGCCGAUACCCCCAAGUCCUUUCCAUGCAUUAUAUUUCCAGAGGGGAGGGAGGUAGGAGCUGAGCUCUGAGCGCCUUUGCCUGUGUGCAAGGAAAAUUACAUCUUUAAACCUCUCACACACACAAAACCCUUGGAGCAGCCACUGCCGAGUCCAGUCACUCAGACUAAAGGGGGGCAGUAGGGUGGAUGCAGCCUCCUCCUCCUCCUUUUUCUCCUCAAACACAAGAAUUGCAAGUCAAGAGGGAAGAGGCUUGAGGAACAAUAAACUUUUUUUUUUUCCUGCAGAAAGGGACGAGUAACUUUUGGAAACUUUCAAGAAAAAUUACAUAGAUGCUUUAAAAGUCAUCGUCUGGGAGGAAAUCAUUAUUUGAACCCGUAAAAGGAAGAAACCAAGGUUAUCCGUGGAAACAAUGAAGGCCCUGCUUCUUAUAUGCACCUCCGUGGUUCUCUGCAAUGCCCUGCCUUUUGAGCAGAAAGGGUUCUGGGACUUUAACAUGGAUGAUGGGCUGACAAUGAUGAGGGAUGAGGCAAACGAGGAAGGCUCAGGAGUCGGUACUGUCGCUCCCGGGAAGAAGCGACCCACGGUUCUCCCACCUCUCGGCCCUCCAAUGGACUUGUGUCCCUUCGGGUGUCAGUGCCACUUGCGCGUGGUCCAAUGCUCAGACCUGGGUCUGACGAGUGUGCCCAAGGACAUUCCAAAGGACACCACCCUCUUGGACCUCCAGAACAACAAAAUUACGGAAAUUAAGAAAGAUGACUUCAAAGGACUCAGCCAACUCUAUUCCCUGGUGUUGGUCAACAACAAAAUCUCCAAAAUCAACGAGAAAGCCUUCGAGCCAUGUCAAAAUCUGCAUAAGUUGUACAUCUCUAAAAACAGCCUUGAAGAGAUCCCCAAGAGCCUGCCCAAGGCCCUGGUGGAGCUUCGUAUUCAUGAAAACAAGAUCAAGAAGAUCCCUAAAGAUGUCUUCAACGGGCUGAAAAGCAUGAACUGCAUUGAAAUGGGAGGGAACCCUCUUGAAAACGGAGGCAUCGAAGCUGGAGCCUUCAACGGUCUAAAACUCAACUACCUUCGCAUCUCCGAAGCCAAACUGUCCGGCAUUCCUAAAGGACUUCCAGCUUCUCUUAACGAGCUCCACUUGGACCACAACAAGAUUCAGGCUGUUGAGAUGGGAGAUCUUAGUUCAUUACCCAACCUAUACAGGCUGGGACUGGGAUACAAUACCAUCAGACAGGUGGAGAACGGGAGCUUGUCUUCUCUGCCCAUUCUGCGGGAACUUCACCUCGACAAUAACAAGCUCUCCAAAGUGCCCCCAGGACUGCCAGACCUGAAGUUGCUACAGGUCGUCUACCUGCACUCCAACAACAUCACCCAGGUGGGCGUCAACGACUUCUGUCCGAUCGGAUUCGGGGUGAAGCGCGCCUACUACAACGGAAUCAGCCUCUUCAACAACCCGGUGCCCUACUGGGAGGUGCAGCCCGCCACUUUCCGCUGCGUCACCGACCGCCUGGCCAUCCAGUUCGGCAACUACAGGAAGUAGAACUGUGCAAAACGCG